UGGACGGCGCCACCAUCAUGUACAUGAAGAAGGAGGUGGUGGAGGAGUGCGGCUCGCCCGUGGACCGCAAGCUGCUGGACUUCUCGUCGUCCUGCGCCGCCAACGACUCCAACAACAAUAACAACAACGCCAACAACAACGGCGUCACCUACACCACCAUGGGCGCGGACUCGCACCCGCUCAGCCGGACGGAGAACAACGGCACGGCGGGGACGCGCGGCCUGGGCCAGCCUCAGCCCCUGGGGCAGCCGCUGGGGCAGCCGCAGUCGCUGGGGCCGGCGCUGCCGCUGGGCCAGACGGGCCAGCACGGCCAGCCCGCGCUGUGCGAGGGCUGCGGCCGGCGCAUCCACGACCGCUUCCUGAUGCGCGUCGGCGCGUCCUCCUGGCACGAGGCGUGCCUGGCCUGUCUCGUCUGCGGCGCCACGCUGCACCACUCGUGCUACUGCCGCGACGGCAAGCUGUACUGCAAGCAGGACUACGACCGGAUGUUCGCGGCCAAGUGCGCGCGCUGCAUGGAGCGGGUGCUGCCGCACGAGCUGGUGAUGCGCGCCCAGCACGCCGUGUUCCACCUGCACUGCUUCUCGUGCGUGGCGUGCCUGCAGCCCCUGCAGAAGGGCGAGCAGUUCGUACUGCGCGCCAACCAGCUGUUCUGCCGGCCGGACUUCGAGAAGGAGAUGUACCUGCUGCAGCAGGCCAGCCCCAGCGACGAGGACCUGCUGGACGAGAACUCGCGUCCACGCGACGGCCGGCGGGGCCCCAAGCGACCCCGCACCAUCCUCACGUCGGCGCAGCGGCGCCAGUUCAAGGCCUCGUUCGAAGUGAGCCCCAAGCCCUGCAGGAAGGUCCGCGAGGCGCUGGCCAAGGACACGGGGCUCUCGGUGCGGGUGGUGCAGGUGUGGUUCCAGAACCAGCGCGCCAAGAUGAAGAAGAUCCAGCGGAAGGCCAAGCAGGACGGCGGCGACAAGGGUGGCGGCGACAAGGAGGACAAGGCGGAGAAGGGCAUCAAGCAGGAGCCGCAGGGAGACCACAGUCAGUUCGGCCGCCUCCCGGACGGCCACGGCCCCCCAGGCCCCGGGCUCGGGCACGGCGCCGGCCACGGCCCCGGCCACGGCCCCGGCCCCUACGCGCACACGGCGCAGCCGCUCAACCCCAACAUGCCCUACUCGCCCGACGACGCCUACCCCGGCCACUCCGGCGAGAGCUUCUGCAGCUCGGACAUCUCCCUGGACGACAGUGCCAACUUCGAGCCGCUGGACGAGGCGGGCUCGGACACGCUGUCGCUGCACAACCUGGAGAUGGCACCCGCCCACCCGCCGCCGCACCCCGGCCACGGCCACCCGCACGGCCACCCGCACGGCCACGCGCCCGGCGGCGUGCAGGUCAACCCCAUCGACAAGCUGUACCUGAUGCAGAACUCGUACUUCAACACGGAGCAAUGA